AGGGAAUGAAAGAGUGAGGGGUGAUGUCAAACCAGCUGAGCUCAGAAAGUAAACAGCGAUCAAGAAGACAGCAGCAUGCCUUCAGCGGCACGGCUGCAGAGACAGAGCCAGCGGCAAAGCUGCAUGCUCCUUCACACCUCCCUGCUCUUCAUCCUCCUUCUCAUCUUCCUCCUGAUCUCUUCAGGGAUGACAUGGCCACAUGACUACAGAUACCUGUAUAACUUUUGCCCUGGCCCGGAGUGGAAUGUAAUGUGUAGAGCAUGCUGUGAAUAUGAUGUAAUCCGAUGUAAAUGCCCUGUUCAGGGUACACAAGUGGGAUAUGCUGUUCCAUGCUGCAGGAAUGCUCGCCAUGAAUGCGACCCCUGCAUCAUCCACCCAGGCUGCAGCAUUUUUGAAAACUGCAAGCGGUGCAAUAACGGGACAUGGGGGCCAAGGGAUGAUUUCUUCAUCAAGGGACAAUACUGUGCUGAGUGCCGUCCUGGGUGGUCUGGUGGAGACUGUAUGAAAUGCGGUGGUGUGAUCAGGAAGAGGCAAGGUCAUCUGGUUUUGGAAAGUUACCCCACGAAUGCCCGCUGUGAGUGGAUUCUGCAGGUUAAUCAGCCUUUCACUGUAGAACUCAGGUUUAUGAUGCUAAGCCUGGAAUUUGACCAUAGCUGUCGCUAUGACUAUGUGGAAGUCAGAGAUGGUGACAGUAUAAACUCUCAAGUGAUUGGUCGAUUCUGUGGAAAUGAACGCCCCCCUCCGAUCCAUAGCACUGGCAAUUCCUUGCACAUACUCUUUGUUUCUGAUGGCUACAAGAACUUUGAUGGUUUGUUUGCCAUCUUUCAGGAGAACUCGGCAUGCACCUCCUCCCCCUGUCUGCAUGAUGGUACGUGUAUAUUGGACACUUCUCACUCCUUUCACUGUGCAUGUCUGGCCGGUUACACAGGCAAGAGAUGUGAAUAUGUGUUGGAAUGUAAGAGGCCUAUGGCACCGGACCAUGGGGCAGUGUCAAGUUUGGAUGUAAGGGUUGGCGGUCAGGCUGUAUUUGUCUGUGAUCCAGGUUUCACCCUAAAAGGCUUUCACAUGGCCACUUGUUUGCUGGAUGGCUCAUGGAGCAGAUCAAUUCCAUACUGUGUACCUGAAAAGAACUGUGGCAUCCCUCCGAAGCCAUCACAUGGAGACCAUUUCCUGGUAUAUGGUCCAAACGAUGUGCUCAUUGCAUUACAGUAUCUGUGUUAUAGACCAUACACUCUUUUUGGAAAUCCUCAAAGAACCUGCCUGGGCAACAACACAUGGAGCGGAACAGCACCCACCUGUGUCAAAGAGGGCAUCAUCCCAGUUCCAGAUAAUGAAAAGGACAUAUUAAAAGGUUCAGACAUUGGAAAAGACAAACAAACUGACUUCACAGAUAAGAGUGAAGUAGAGAAAGAGAAGACUCCAGACAAAACAGUUAGUCUUGAAAUUCCGAUAAGUGGGAAAGACAAGAUUGGAUUAGACACAGACAUUAAUAAAAGCCAAGAGGUGGAGAAAGGCAAAGACUUUGUAAAGGAAAAACCUACAGUUGGACGCAAGGACAAAAUCAUUGGUAAGGAGUCUGAAGAUAUCAUGAACACUGUCCGUAAAAAAGACUCAGAUAAUGGAAAAAUUGUUCACUACUUGGACAAAGAUGGCGAUUUGGACAGUGCAGAAAAAGUUGUAAUAGACACAACUAAUGAACUGGACACGAACAUUGUAGAUGUUGUACUAAUUGAUGACAAAAGCACCAAUAAAGAGACCAGCAUACACAAGGCUACUGAAAAAGAUAACAAAGAAACAGCGACUGAAAUACCACUGUACACAAUAGUUAGCCUGAGAAAAGAUGAGAAAGAUGUGAAUAUCCCCUAUAAAAUAGACUUUUCAAGCACAACUAACACCACUGAGUCUGUGGAUAGCAAUGAUAUAGAGGAAAACCUGCAGACACUGCUCCCUAAAGAAACACCAAAGAUUCAACCAGAAGCCCAUACAGAUAACAGCACAGAGAGUGCCAUUGUCCCAACACAGUAUCCUACCACUGAGAGUGUUACAGCUGGGGAGUCACAGCAAGGUGUGCCCCAGGGAAAAAAGACAGUACCGGACUCAGAAAGUUCAGUCAAAGAAAAGACUGAUAUGAGUACAAGAGACGAAAUGGAGAACCAACACGCUGAAAAAGCAGUGGAAAACCUCAGCAUUAUCGAGGCUGAGGGCAGGAAAUGUCCUCCACCCCCUCGACUAUACCAUGGUUUCUACGAGUGGUUACCUGGCACAGAUCCAGAGAUAGUGGAGUUCUCCUGCAACCACUCAUAUGCUCUGAGUGGCGCUGCUCGCAGGAUCUGCCAGCCUAAUGGCACCUGGAGCGAUUCUCAGCCCAUCUGUGUGCGAGCCUGUCGGGAGCCCAAAGUGUCGGUUCUGGUGAGACAAAAAGUCCUGCCGCCACAUGUCUCAUUCAGGCAAACACCUGUGCACAAGUUUUACUCUGCCUCUGGCUUGGCAAAACUCUUCACCCCAGUCAGUCCAACUAAAGGACCCCCGUCUUUGCCUCCACUCUCUGAGGGUUUCCACCAUCUUUACACACACAUUGAGUAUGGGUGCACCUCACCCUACUACCAUCACAGUGGAAGCACACGUAGAACAUGCCUCAAGACUGGCAAGUGGAGUGGCCGCCAUGUCUCCUGCUCACCAGUAUGUGGCAAGCUGCCGAACUUUGACCCACAGAAUCCAGCAGCCACUCAUUGGCCAUGGCUGGUUGCUAUCUACCGACGAUCUGCCCAAGAUUCAGGAGAAAAGCUGGGGAAAGCAACUAGCCCGGGAAAGGACAUGGAUCUGAUGUAUGAGGAAGAUGAUAUGUCUUUAGAAAACUGGCAGCUAGUUUGUAGUGGAGCUCUGCUCAACCAGCGUAGUGUGGUGGUGGCUGCCCACUGCGUCACUGAUCUUGGAAAAGUCUACCCACUGGACGUGUCUAAAAUACGGGUGGUGUUGGGAAAACAUUAUCGCAGUGACCUGCGCCAGACUAAAAGCUUGCAACACCUCAGGGUAUCUUCCAUCACUGUUCACCCUAAUUAUGACCCUCUGGUACUAGACUCUGACCUGGCUUUCCUCAAACUGCUGGAUAAAGCUCGUAUCGGCGAACAUAUCCUUCCCAUCUGCCUUCCAACAGCCCAUGAUGCAGAAAUAGAGGCUCUUCCCAGAGGUGCCAUAGUGACGGGCUGGUCCCUCACUCCUGAUGCCAGUGUUGGGGAGAGCGAGAGGGCUCGCGUGGGCACAGUAACGCUGGGUGACGUGGUGCACUGUGAGCAACAAUAUGCUCAGUAUGGCCUUCCCAUCAGUGUCUCCGAGAACAUGCUGUGUGGACGCUUGGGUCCUGGUGUCAGUCCUUCUAACAUCUGUCCAGCUGAGACUGGAGGGGUCCUGAUUGCUCCACCCACUUCCUCACACGACCUCGCCUCUUCACUGUUACCAAACCCCACUCAGGAGUGGAAGCUCCUGGGAUUGGUCAGUUUUGGGUAUGACUCACUAGACUGCAAUCCGGAACUUUAUACUGUCUACACACACAUCUCUAACUUCCUUGACUUUUUUGAGAGCAAUAUGAAGUAAUAAAAACAUUUGUAAUUUACUUUCACUUUCAACCACUGCCUCAUCUAUUCUGCCCUAAUAAUCCUUUCAUAUGUAGCUUGAUAUUAAGGCUGAACUAACACUGGACUAUGCUGCUCUGAGAAGACAGCAGGAGUUAGAAAGGGCAUUUAAUCUAGGCUGAGCUAGGACCAGUUUCACCUCGCUUCAUCUUUUGCUUAAAUAAAUAGCCAAAGUGACCAUAAAACUCACCUUACACUAUCAUCAAAAAGAAACUUUAACAACACUGACCUUUUGCUUAACCACAAGCAGGUCCUCAGGUAAUUGGGUGCUGUAAGAUUGACCAGAGAAACAAAUCUCCUGAUAUAUUUUAUGCCAGUGACAUUUGAUUUUCUGAAUAUUGAUUAUGUACAUAUAAUGUUUUAUUCAACAACUGUAAACAUGACACAGAAAGUAUGUAUAUUUUGUAUAGAAUUAUUGUGAACUUAUUGCCUAAAUAAAAUAAUAUGGUGGUUAUGCUGUAAAGAAAUAUUGGAUUGGGUUGUGUCUUUGUGGUCUAAUAAAUAAAUAAA